AUGGUUUCACUUCUUAGAUUCUUUUGGGUUGGUGAUCUGCAUAGCGAGUCGAUCAAGCCGGAAGAGUUCACCCUGGAGAUUUUCGAGCGUUUCCUCAACAAACUUUGCCUCCGUCCCGACAUCGACAAAAUCUUGCUGGAGAUCGGAGCCAAGGGGAAGCCGUAUCUCAGCCUCGACCAGCUGAUGGAGUUUAUCAACCAGAAGCAGCGAGACCCCCGCCUGAACGAGGUCCUGUACCCUCCCCUCACCCGGGCGCAAGUACGUCAACUGAUCGCCAAGUACGAGCCCAACCAGCAGUUCCAGCAAAGGGGUAAGAUGCCCUUUUUUUUCGCCCCAAGGGUGAGCCAGGAGGCAGAGCUGGAAGACAGGGCCUGUUUGGGCUCGCGCCUCCCCUUGAACUCGGCACCGUCCUCCUUUACAAACCCGUUCUCGCGCCAUCAGAUGUCCCUGGAGGGUUUUGGGCGGUACCUGGGGGGUGAAGAGAACACCAUCGUGCCCCCCGAAAAGCUGGACCUGUGUGACGACAUGACGCAUCCACUAAGCAGCUACUUCAUUAAUUCUUCACAUAAUACCUACCUCACAG